AAUUGCAAGAAACCGGCUCAAAUUACACCAUUUCACAUACCAAAAGCCACUCCCGCCCCUCCUCCGCUUCUCACAAAACAAGCAAUAAAUCCCAAGUAAAUUAAACACUCAAUCUCUGCCUGUUCUUCUCUAUUUCAUUGUUUCAGCCAUCCAGCCCAGCGCUGUCCGGACAGAGAAGAAUAAAGCGAGCUCCAGGGCCUUGUCGGUGACGUCACCGCCAAACCUACAAACGCGUCGAGGUUCAGGUCACCGUGCGGGCUCGAUUAGCUGCCGUUUAAUCAAUUGACCUGUUCUGCCUGCGCUCCAUCUGGUCUGCGAUUAUCGACAGAUUUUGGCCUACUGCAGUGUAUAGGAUAUUCUCGGGGAAUUGAUUGCUUACUGCCGGGACAAAGAAUACUACUGCUGUAUACCGACUUCUUCUCAUGGGUUCCAGCAACUCGAAACUGAUCUUCAAGCAGUCGGUAUUCCGACUCUUCGAGGAGCCUGAACUCUCUCCUUCUGAUCCAUUAUGGGAACAGUUCUGGCAAGUUCCGGAGAGCGCGGAAGACAUCUUCACCAUAUUCUCCGCCUCAGACGUGCGAAGGACACGCGACAACGCACUCGGCAACCUCGAGCUGCUAAUCGUAAACGUCGUUCACCAUCUCGCUCACCUGCUUCGCAAUUCCCAGCUAUACUACUCCGAAAACGCCCAGGCGCAGGCGCAGGCCUCGAAUGCUGCGUCGGGCGGACAGGCUUCUGCUGCUGCGGAGGCUGCUGUUGAUGGAAAUGAGAAAGAUGCUGCGCGGGCAACGCGCGAGACACUCAACUGCAUGCGUGUGCUAACGCGGGUGCUACCAUUUAUCUACGAGAAACCUGAUUUGGAAGAAUGGAGGGAUGAGCUUUUCUGGGGUAUGGGACAACCCUUGCCAGAGAUAGCGCGCCAUCCAGACGCUGCUGACGGAGCGACAGAACAGUCUGGCGACGACGCCGACGAGGAGGAGGAAGAAGACCGGCCGCUUGGGUCUUUGCUGAUGGACACGCUCACAGACUUUUUAUUUCUACCCGGAUUCGCGCUGCCGAUUGUGUUGGGAAAAGACUCGACUGUGGCGUACACCAUCUGGGAGACUGGAAUCGGAAGCACGACGCCGGUCGGGACGACUAGUCAAUUGGAGGCCAACAAGAUCGAGACCUUGCGUACUAUUAUCACAGUUCUUUCAGAGGCGAUGUAUCACUACCCCGGAGUGCUGCCGACGAAGGGCGUGCGGUUCAUCUCGUACAUGGUGUGCAACCCGGACAAGAGGGUGGUUCUGAGCGUGCUAUGCUCGCUUCUCAACACGGUGAUGAAGUACAACCCAGGCUGGCGAGUCUCAUACAUCAGCGCUGGAUCGCUCGAUCCCCGACAACUGCUAGUGACUUAUUGCUUCCAGCUCCUUCUGAUCCUCGUCACAUACUCGAUCCCUGACGGCGAGGACAUAGUCUCGCUUGGGAUCCACAUCGAAGAGAGCGCGGAGACACCGACAGUGCAGACGGUGCCGGAUAUGGCUCGAAAGUAUUUAAAGAACUGGUACAAGUACUACCUCGGCCGGCUCCACCGAAUCCAGGAUUUACAGUUUUUGGCAGAUGGAAUAUCGAGACUGCUGAACCAGCCUAUGCAGUCUGCGACGUCGUUUUUGCCGGGAAGCCAGACGCAGAUCGAGUGGGCGCCGGAGUUGAUUAUGUUGUUUUGGGAUUUGGUUCGACACAAUAGUCGAUUCCGGAACUACAUUAUCUCAUCAGACAGAAUCCACGACUUUGUGGUCCUGCUCCUCUACUACUCGUACACAUACCGCCAAGAUGCAUCAAAGGUAGGCCUAGUGCGACUGUGCAUCUACGUCCUGCUCACGAUCUCGGCCGACUCGGUCUUCAGCGUUCGCCUGAACAAGACGUUUGACUCGCACAAUGCGCUCCCGUCGUCGAUGCGAAUCCCGGGAUGGGACGAGUCGUCGUCGUACGCGGAUUACUUGCUCCUGGCGAUUUACUGCAUGAUCAACACGAACAACGACAAGCUUGCGGCGCUGUACCCGUCGCUGCUGGAUGUGCAGGUGAACCUUGCGCCGCACAUAUCAAACAUCAACAGACUGACGUGCAGUCGCAUGAUGCAGCUCUUUUCUGCUCUUUCGGCGCCGUCGUUUUUGGUUGCUAAUUCUACAAACUAUAUACUGGCGGACAAGUUGCUAGAGGCGAUGGAAAGCAUGAUUGUGAACAGUAACCACCAAUCGAACGCGAACUUGCUGUACACGAUAUUCCGAUCGCGGAAGAAGUUCGAGGCGCUGAAAGAGUUGACGUUUGAGCGGUGUUUGGAAGAAUCGCGACGGCAUCGGCCGAUGGCGGCGGGGGAUAUCAGCGACCGCAAGGGAGAGGUCGCGGUGUUGAUGGAGGAUGGCGCAGAGGCAGGCCGUGGGAAGUCGAAGGGUAAGACGGCCGUGCGCGAUGUUGCGUCUCCUUUAACUGCGACUUCUUCGUCGUCAUCUUUAUCGGCUGGGGAUAACUCUGCAAGCAGCACGUACAGGAGCGGGAAAGCAGAGUAUGACGCAAACGGGUACUUUACGCCCACGCAGGAGUGGUUUGACGGAUGGCACUCGAAGCUACAUUUGCAGGUUAUAUGCCAUCUGCUGGAAGUUUUACCGGGCUACAUUCCGCGGCUGAACACGAUACGCGGAGCGCCGUCGGUGUCGAGCGCGGCGACGUCUCCUACGCGGGUGUCGAGAGACGCGCAUCCGGAUACGGAUGUGAUUAGCGCGCUGCGUCAUCUGGACGAUGAGACGAUGCUGCCGUCGUCGUUCAACCGAACGUUCCAGGAGCCGAUUGGGUUUGAGUGGACGGUUGCGGCGAAGGGGUGGUACUACUCAGUUUUGUGGGGAUCGAUCUACGUGAUGCACGAGAUUGUCGCGUCGGCGGACGGCGCGGGCGCGAACGGGAUUGUGGCGGCGGUGGCGGGGGCGGGAGGGGUAGGUGCUAGCACGGUGUGGUGCGGGAUCUGGAGAGGGACGAAUGUGCAGCUGUUUAAGGUGCAGGAGACGAAGGUGGACGGGCCUAGUCUGCUGAGACCGCGGGGGGCGGUGGACGCGGUCGCAAAGUCGAUGCUGGAACGGUUGAAUGUGGGAGGGGGUAAAGCGCGGCAGCAGGGUAGUGGAAGUGGCGGUUCAUGAUGGA